AUGAGCGGUGAAGAGGUGAAAGCAACAGACGACACAACAAAAGCAGUAAACGAUGAUGCCGAAGAGCCGUCACCUACUGAGGUUGCAGAGCAGACGACAGCACCCUUAAGUGAGCAUGAAGAAUCUAACAAGUCAACCAUAAAAAGCGAAUCGGUGCCUGUAAAUCCGGAUGAACCGAAACCAGCAGCAGCAGCAGCAGCUGCCACAACGACAGCAGCACAACAGUUUGAUGGUUACGUUUGUGUGGCAGCCGGUUCAGAGGGUGCGGCCGCGGCGGCGGCGAAUUUGCUUGAAAUACCGGUCGAGAAUGAUAAUACGCUAAAACUAUCCACAUUGGAGCAUUCAUUUCCGAACGCGAUCGGUCUGAAAUUCAAAAACGAAGCAACUGGAGUGUUCAGAACGUUGGCGGUUAGCGAUGACGGACGCGUCAUAUUGGAGCCAAAAGGUGGAUGGGGUACACGACGUUAUGUGGCCAUCUUUAGA